AUGCCUGCCUUGGAGUCCCUGCUGCUGCCUCUGCUGCUGCUGCUCUGGAGCUCAGUGUACCAGCAGGCAGCCGGAGCAGGGCUAAAUGUGACAGAACAAGAGCAAGAUCUGCCUACCUUGGGGACUCCCAACAAGCCUGCAACUGAGAUGGUUUCGUCUGGAGUUGACUAUAAAGAGGAAGAUAUAAAGGAGGUGAUGGCACCACAGUUUCUUGUGAGUGACUCAGGUAGAGGUGAAUUGCAAUUGAAGAAACCAGAGAAACCAGAAGGUGGAAAAAAGAACUCUAACAAACAAAAAAAGAAGGGAAAUAAAGAGAAGAAGAAUAAAAAGAAAAAUAGAACUCCAUGUGAAGGCGAAUUUAAAAAUUUCUGCGUUCAUGGUGAAUGCAAAUACAUUGAAAAUCUCCAAGCAGUGAGAUGCAAGUGCCUUCCAGAUUACUUUGGUGAACGUUGUGUUGAACAGUUCUUGAAGACACAUAGAAGUGAUGAUAAUGCAACAAGUAACUCAUUACUUGCAUCCAUUGUGGGAGUAGUUGUUGGACUUACACUCCUCUGUUUUGCCAUCAUUGUUAUCGUUAUCAUAGUCCAGGUAAGAAAAAAAUGUCCCAAAUAUGAUGAAAAAGAGGAAAGGAAAAAGCUCCGGCAUGAAAAUAGAAGUUGCAGCAAUGGAGUUUAAAGAGAAAUGGAGAAGAUGAAGAAGCUAUUGCUGAAGCACCUGCUAUUCCAUGGAGGCACAUCUGGAAGAACAUGAGGCCGAGAUCCUCUUUGCCCCAACAUGGAAGAAAAUGCAGAGAGGGAUUUUGCACUCCCAUUUACUUUUUGGCAGCUGCUAAUGAAUGUAAACCAUGCCACUGCACUUUCAGGGAUUAGCAUCUAUAGUUUUCAUAGCCACUGAAGAGCUGUUGAGUACU